AUGAAAAAUGCGCACCGGGUAUUGGUUCUUGGUUGGGUAUUUGCGAUGAAAAAACAAAAAGCUGUUUCGGCUUUCGCACCCAGCCCGCAGCCGGCACACACCACGCUCUCUGAUUAUUCUAUAGCUAUCAAGAAUCAACUCAAAUUUAUCCUGUGGCCACUAUAA